AUGUGCGCCGAUCUCGAGCCUUCGGAGGAUAUCGUGGAAGCUCGUAACAAAGUGGUGGCAGAGGGCAGCGCUUUGAAACUGGAGACUGUCACCUCUCUUCCCGAGCUCUGGGAGCAGUACACCUUCUCCACCCGCCAAAUUGUGGAAGAGGUGCCGUCAAUGAUGUUCGAGCGGAACUUCAUCGUCUCCUCGGUUCUCCAAGUUUUUUCGUUUCCCACGACGUUGUCGGGAUGGAGCAACUAUGAAGCCUGUGCUAUCCAAGAGAUGGAAGCAGGGCCCACAGGUACGGUGCUUGACUCGCUGAGCGAUGACCGCCCGGAGCUCUCCGUCGACUCACCCCAAGAGGUUGUGCUGGAAUGCGGCAAGAUGAUCGACACUUACGGCCUUAGCUUGCUGGUGCGAGCUCCAGGCAGCAGUGAGAUGGUCGCGGCAUCUGUGCUACGGGUUAAGCGAUUGCCAGAGGGCUGCCACGUGACCGAUGACCUGGAGGAGCCCUCCGUGACCUGCACGGUGGACAUGGAUGUGGUGAUGGAAGCGGGCAGCAUGGAGGCAGUUGGAUACAUUGAGUCCAUUGCCGUAUCCCGAGCCUGGCGCGGGGCUGGCCUGGCGUCCCGCCUGCUGUCUUUCAUGGAGGACAAGGCUCGUGCGUGGGGCCUGCGACUCAUAGCUUUGCACGUCCACCGCGACAACUGGUCUGCCCUGCGCUUCUACCAGAAGAAAGGCUUCGAGGUCACAUCGGAUUGGCUUGGCUGGGGUGACAGAUUUUUCCUCCUUCUGAAGCCCCUUUUCGAGUUGGAAAAUUCCGUUUCGUAG